AUGCCACACCGCAUUAUCACCCAUAAAUUCGCAUCUGACCAGAAACUGAAUGCUGCGGUGCGUAAAUACCGUGGAGACGUCACCUGCCCAAAAAGGCUCUUAGGUCUGAAGGUGUACAAGAACACGCGGUUCACAUACAAGACUAGCAACCAACCAGAAUGUCACGUGGUUGGUGAGCUGAGUCGUCGAGAAGUUUCGUUUCACGGCAUCCUGUUUUUGACGGAACGGACCUCAGCAUUUAUAACAGGGGUCGGGAGCCUGGACAAAGUACCAGAGGCCGAAGAGUCCAACUGUUUGGACGAACACGUUGGACCAUGCAGUUCGGCAACGCGGUAUUUUGUUCUCACCUCAUUGGUCAACGACGCUUUAGCGCUUCAGGACAACUCAUGGAAAAUGUGCUGA